GGGAAUGCCCGUCGACAUCUCGCGUGAUGCCACGCUGCUCAAGCAACUCGGUCGGCGCGUCGAGUCGCUUCCCGACGUCGACAACUCGGGCGACACGGCAGUCGAGGUCUUUGCCGACCUCGCAGCGAUAGGCGCGGUGCCGCCGUCGUCGGCCCAGUUUGAGCACGAGCUCGAGACGGAGCUGCCGAUUCCGUUCCAUUUACAGGGCACGACCGACUUUGACGACGGCAUUGGCUUGUCCAAGCGACGGCAGCUGCGCCGCGCGCCGCGCGUCGUGCAAGGUAUCAUGCGCUUUUGGCAAAUCUUCCCCAAGCUCCACGUCAUUGGCGACGAAGUCAUCACCAAGACCGAGUACGCGGAAGCGAUGCUGCUCGUCUUCAAGGUGCUUCGGCCACGCGAUUUUGACAUUUACGAAGCGCUCGACCAAAUCGGCAAGGACUGGACGAGCGACUCGAAGGGCAAAAAUGCCAUGGACGCCAUCAUGUUUAUCGACGCGUUCUUCGAACUGGUGGACCUCUGGACGUGCGACGUAGAAGAAGCCACGUAUGUGCAGUUUCUCCACUUGCUCUACGAGCGCAUCACGAUUCGAACAGUGGUCUUCUUUGACGGCAGCGUCUUGCGCGUGGCCGUCGCCGAUGCCUCCAAGUCCGCCGCGCAGCUCAUUGCCAGCGGCGUGCCAUUGGCCGCCGUGAGUGCGUUCAACCACAUAGCAAAGUUUGUGAAACCCAAGAUCCAAACGAUCGGAGACCUCGCAGAGGCCGAUGUCGUCGACGUCGAGAAGCUUCGACAGCAGUACAUUGAACACAACAACCUCUCGACCCAGCGCCUCGGCGCCGAGCUCUUUGAAAUUCUGGAGCUCAUCACGCGUGUCACGGCAGGCGACGUCAACAGUCUCGACUCGCUGCAAGGCUUGGUGGACGCGGACGCGGCAGCCAUCGACUGCAUCCGCGCGGUUUUCAUUCGCGCCCAAGGCAUCUCGACAACGCAGCAGACGCUCAAGCACAACAUCAUAGCCGAGCUCCACAAGUUUGGGGUCACCGACAGCAUGCUCUCGGACAGCAACAUGACGGAAAAAUACCUCCAGCUGUUCGACCUCUUUUGCGUCAAGACAGGGGUGGAAAUUCAAAAGACGGCGCGCUUGGAGCUGGAGCGCAUUCGGCGUGAGCUCGACAAGCACGGCCUCGACGACGUUCCGCCGCAUCAAGUCGAAGCCACGUACAAUGAGUACUACGCCGACGUGAUCGAGACGAGUGGCGCCAAGACGGUGGAAAAGGCAAAAGCGUGGAUUCAAAAAAGCACCGAUGCGAUUGUCGCACCGUUCAUUCAAAAGGACGAGCCGUCAUUCUCGCCCGUCGCAGACGCCAAGCCGUUCACUGCCGACGACACGGCCUUCCAAGUCCUUGUGACGCCUUUGGAAGAGUCACCCCCCAAACCACGGGACCCACCACGCGUCCCGACACCACCACGACCUACGACCCCGACAAAGCAAAGUACUCUUACGUCGCCCGUGAUUGCCAAGCCCGUCACACCCCCACCGCGGGCAACGCCGUCGCCCCCCCGCCGAACAGUGACCCCUCCCGUAGUCCAUAUUGAACCGAGGACCCCCACCCCCGAGCCGGCAAUCAUCGAGGCGCCGAGCUUUGAGCUCGAGAUCGAAACACCCCGACGACCAGUUUCGCCCGAGUCUGCGCCAUUUCGAGGGCCUACACCCGUAUCGCUUGCGCCAGAAGUAGUUGUGCCCGACGUCCGCGCGAUCGAGGAGCUUGUGCCAGCGCCAAGCCUUGACGAGGUGUCGGCUGUCGUCACGGACGCCUUCAUGGACGAGACGGUCGUUGAGGUCUCAGAAGCACUGCCGAGCGAAGAGUACAAACGCACUGGCAUCGCCAUCGUCCGCGAGGAGCGCAAGCUGUUGAAAAACAUCAUCCAAGCAACCAAGAAAAAGAUGCUGGUGGCUGAGCCGCCCCACGUGGCCGAGGUUCUCGUGACGGGCAGCGCCACCGACGGCGUCAACGCGAUCGGCCGGUACAUUCACUUGCUCGGCCUCACGGACAUGGUGCAAGCGCCGGGUGAGGCCGAGGCCAUCGCUCUCCUCGCCUCAACGUCCUCCAAAAAGAUUGAUCUCGUGCGUCGUCCCCGCCAAGUAUCAACUUGAUAGUUUUCUAA